CUCUCUCUCUCUCCGUUCAUUCACCUCACAGAAGACUCACACUGCACUGAGUCGCGAUAUUAUUGGAUCCUGAAGAGAGUUAACAAACACAAUGACCGACCAAAAUCAAUAAUUGGUGUUGUGGCGUUCGCCGGGUGUGUUCGCUACGCCGCGUGAACUUCGCUCGGCUGCGACCGAUAGUGAGGUCGAGCGAACUACAGACGCAGGCAGCUUGAAACAGUUAUCUGAACCAUCACUAUGAACCUGUUAUGGAAGAUUGGGAUGUUCGAGUAAACAAGCAGUGUCUUAGUAAACACACACAUAUAUAUACAGCCAUCAUUCCUCUUGAGUUUGACUACAGGGUAGCGCCUGAUCUAUAAUCACCAUUAUCAGUGACUUAUCACAUUUAACACAGAAUGUGGGGCUUAAUCGCGAGACGACGGUCGCAGUGCGCAGACGAAGGAAGGGAAGUUGCAAAGAAGUGCUCGUUUUUUAUCGGAGACGAAAUGGAGAAUAACAACAAUCAACCCGAAAGAAAGGCGAAACAAGACGAGGAAUCCCUAUAUAACCCAGCUCUUACUGAAGAAAAGGAACCAAAUGAGAACAAAACAGAUCUAGAGGAAGAGCCAGUACAGAGUGAGAGGAGAGGGUCUUUCACAGAAGCUGUGUCUAACUUCUUACGUCCCCCCAAAGACGGGCAGAAGAAACCUCCUGCCGCAGAGAGAAAAAUGUCUCGAAAACACAGCAUGCUACUACGCCUGGAAGAGUUCGAGGAUUAUAAAAAGCAUCUAAAGAAUGACAUUGGGGACUUAAACGACACCAUUGAACUUCUGAAAAACAAGAUUAUCGAGUUGGAGGAACAGUUAUUACAGGCUGACGACGACAUGGAGGUCAUGAAAGAGGAAAAAACACUGGUGGAAGAUGAAUUGGAAAAAGCUCGCGUGCAAAAAGAAAUUAUUGAGUGCCAAAAGACGGAUUUGGUAGAGCAGAUGAAAGAUAUGCAAAAAGACAUAAAAGACUUGGAAGAAAAGUGCGCCAUGUUGCAGCAGCGGAACAUGGACUUGUUAGCACAGAUCAACAGAACUGAUGAAGUCAGUGAAGACACGAGAAAAAAUAUAGAGGACGUUCAAAUAAAGUUGUCUAAAGUAACAAUUGAAAACACAGACUUAUGUACUCGCAUGGAAGUCCUUGCUUCCGAAAAGGAAAUGCUGUCUGAAGAGAACCAGGCCCUGAAAGACGAUCUUGCUGCCAUGGAGACCGAUCUGACGCAAAUCAAAUUAGAAAGAAAAACCAAAGAAGAACAAUACAGCUCGCAAGACGUGUUUAUAAAAGAACUUUUACAGUAUAAGGAGCGGUGUGAGAAAGCAGAACAGGACAACCUGGUCUACCAACAGCAGGUGCGCGCUCUGGCGGAGAGAAACCUCAGGCUUGAACAAGAACUUGCCGACUCCAAAAACAGCAAUGUCAACAGUUCCCAGUCACUUUCCACAACAUGCUGUUCGCAAAAUUUGCGCCAACAAACCUUAAAUAGGCUAUCGGAGGACAUCGAUCAGGACUUCGCGUAGAUAGGCAAGCUGAGUCUGCUGAUUUUAACAUACUACUUGUGCCUUCUUACAGAACAUCGUCAUACCACAGCGCUUGUCUCUCGGCAACGCGCUCUGUGUGGUAAUGGAUGUCAAGGACUUACGCGCCCAAGGAUCAUUAAAAGGACGACGCCAAAGAUAGCAUUAACACAAUACAUAAGAUUUUUAAAAUCACAUUAUCACAGUACUGUUGUAUAUAAAAGGAAAUGACGGGUGUAUGUUACUGACAAAAGGAAGAAACGAAGUAAGAUUGAGACGUGGUAUUUAAAGAUGAUGGUUUCUAUUACGCUGUUAAGGUUAAUACAUACCUGUGGCGUUCUUGAGGAUGUGAUUAUUUUUCUGUUAGUUUUUAAGUAAAUAAAAAAAAAGAUUUCACUCACGAGUUGAUGACCACUUUUAAGAUUUGAACUGUGAAGUGAUUCAGAUUAGAAAUUCUAUAAAAAGCAAAUAAUAAUUUAAGUUUAAGGUUUAUCAACGGCUCCCAAAUGGAAGCAUUUCAACUCAAAAUAAAAUAAACUUUUUUAUUCAUUCA